GCGCCUCUCUCGCGCCGAGGCCUUUCGUUACCGGAAGUGGGGGCGCGGCGCGCGGGCUCUCCCUGGCCCGGGCCGGGUCCGCAGCCCCCGGGGCGCCGGCGCGGUGCGGGCGGCAGGACGGCUCGGCCUGGGCGGACGAGGAGCGCGCCUGGCUGGGGGGCGGCGCCUGGGACUCGCCCCGCACGGGAAGGGCCCGGUUCCCCUUUCUCCGCCCCGCUCGGGAUGAUAGGGCCGGGAGCUCGGAGCGCGCCCGCGCCCCUCGGAGACUGCCGCGGUCUGCAGAGGAGGGGCAGAGGGAGCGCCUUCUCCCUGCCGUCUCGUGCCCCGCGGGCCACCGCUGCCCUGCUUCGCGCCAGCAGACCCGUGUUGUGCUCUCGGCAGUUUGUCAGACGCGUCUCCUGCCGUUACUGUUUGUUUUGGCUAGCAGUGGAGUAGCAGGCCAGGCACUCCUUGUUGCAAAGACUUCGCCAGGGCUUGGCUUGUGGCACCUCUGGUGCCCUGUGGUGGUCCUGGCCCUGAUGGGAAGGACCCUUGGGCCGGGGGUGAACGUCACCGACAAGGCCCCUUCUUCCGUGGAGUUUAGACUUUGGGGGGACAGCUGCCCCUGCUCCCAGCGCUGCCCUAAGGCUGCGGAGAUGUACAUGCAGGUGGAGGUGCGCACGGGCUCCUGCCUCCAUCUCAGGAGGGCCCCUGGCGUCAGGUCCUGGUCGCUCCUGGUCGGAAUCCUGUCCAUUGGCCUGGCUGCCGCCUACUACAGCGGAGACAGCCUGGGCUGGAAGCUCUUCUACGUCACGGGCUGCCUGUUUGUGGCGGUGCAGAACCUGGAGGACUGGGAGGAAGCCAUUUUCAACAAGGACACCGGGAAAGUCGUUUUUAAAACGUUCAGCUUGUACAAGAAGCUGCUCACCCUUUGCAGAGCGGGCCAUGACCAAGUGGUGGUCCUGCUGAACGACAUCCGCGACGUGAACGUGGAGGAGGAGAAAGUGCGGUACUUUGGGAAGGGCUACGUGGUCGUGCUCCGGUUUGCCACCGGCUUCUCCCACCCGCUCACCCAGAGUGCAGUGAUGGGCCAGCGCAGACGCGGGGUCCCUGCUGACUUGGCAUCGCCUGGCCUCAGCCUCGUGGGAUGCUUGUCCAUCCUCGUCCCGAGGACGUGGCUGCUGACCGCUGGUGCGGGGACACGCGUUGCCUUCACUCCCGCACGCCUGGCUGCCCACCGUGUGAGAGGACCCUCUGCUCCCGACCCUCCAGGCAGGGGCUGAAGAGGAGAGGAGAAGGUGUCCUUCCCAGCGUUUCAGAGACCUAAAGCAGCAUUUAAAACCUGGAGCUUUCAGGUGAAGAUUCAGAUCUCCAGCUUCUCUUGAACAGUGGGAAGCCCCGGCAGUUUCUGUGGCAGGUGUGGACUGGAGCUCACGGCUGCUGACCCGCACCUGGCACCCCGGCUUGCUUCCCAGGAGGCUUCUGAGCAGUGGUGGCACGCUGGGUGCUCAGCCCCCUUCCUUGGGGGUGACCGCUGCUCCCACGGCUCUGAGCAGGGACGCUUGCGUCCUGCAGGGGCCCCCACGAGGCUCCCCCGAGGGCAGGUACAUGUGGGAAAGCUGGGUCACCCCCACCCUGGAGGGGCGCCCCUCACUCCCUGGGGCUCCCUGGGCUGUGGAGUGAGCCCGGGGAAGCAGCAGGGAGAUGGGGUUCGUAGGCUUGCAGGGCAGCAGCGGGCCAGGCAGCCCACGGCACGGUCCAGCCCCCCUCGAGCACCUCGGCCUGGGGUCCGGCUGGUCCAGGCUGAGUUAAGGGACGGCAGUCUCUCAGGAGAGAACGCGGGACGGGAGCUCCUGUGUGGGGAGGGGGUCGUUUAAAUAUGCCAAAGUUCAUUUUUUUAAAUGGUCAAUUUGAAAUUUAAUUCCCAUAAAACGCAACUGGCUUCCUGGCAUAUUUGCCCCAGUGGGCUGCAGAAUACACCCCCGGGUUGGCUGGUGUUGGGUUGGGCUCAAAUCUGGAUCCUUUGUUCCGGGGGCCCAGGACACAGAAGGGAGGGUCCGAAGGCUCGAAUGAGGCCCAGCCGUGAAGCCAGGGCAGCAGGAAAACCAGUCUGCAAACUUGUAGUAGCCUACUCUCAACUUUUUAUUUCCAAAGAAUAAAAUUUCUACGUGCAGAGCAUAA